ACCCAGAAACGAGCGAAAACAAAGCAUGCCACCCCGCCUGGCAAUCGCCCGCCCAAAAAUUCACCACCCCAUCACCAAAAAACCCUCGAUACACCACCGCCGCUUCUUCCCCCUCCCAAACGCCGCAUCACCGCAGCGCUUCACAACCAGCAGAUCCCUCCCAUACCCGCCACGCAGUCUCUUCAGCCUGGUGGCCGACAUAAAUGCCUACCACAAAUUCCUCCCGUACUGCCUGGGCUCACGCGUGACCCAAACCUGUCCGCGCACGCACCUACCAACGGAAGCGGAGCUACGCGUGGCUUGGGGGUCGUUCGAUGAGACCUUUACCAGUGUCGUUACGUGCUCGGCUGAGGCUGGCACUGUUGAGGCGAAUGGAGACCGGAACGAGAUUUUUGAGAAGCUGAUUACCCGGUGGGUUGUGAAGGACGGGGAGGCGGGGAGUAAGGUGUCGCUGUUUCUGGAGUUUGGGUUCAGGAAUCCGGUUUAUGCGAUUGUUAGUGCGGCGGUUGCGCCGAAGGUUGCCUCGGUCAUGAUUGAGGCGUUCGAGAAGAGGGCUGGGGAGCUUUUGGGGCGGAAGGGGGAGGGGGAGGUGCCGGAGGUGCAGAUGCCAGAGGAGGAGAGGGAUGCGAGGUGAGGAUUGGCUGAUGGUAUGAGGGGUUAGGCGGGACGAGGGGUAGAUUCGCAUAUACAGAUAGAUGGAUUUGGAUAGAGCGCUGUCUGUGCGUUUGAUUGUUUGGCGUGCUUGUGACGCUUCUUGUAGUAUAUUCACUAGCCGUGCUGUAUUGCACUGGUACAAAAUAGAGAGGGGGGCCUCUGGGAUUAAUCCUCUGGGGGUGGGGUGUCAGGACGUUCUGAAGUGUGCAAGUUUUUAUAUAAUACCCCGGAGGGAAUCUAGCUGGGCUGGCAUGAUAUGGUUACGUAUGUUAUGCAUCUUAUUGGAAUUACGGACUCAACUCCAAUAUAUCGCCAAGUAUCGUGGGUUGCACUUU